AUGUCAGAUACAAUUAAAUAUAUGUCAAUAGGUUUCUUUUUGGUUUUGAUUUACAAAUUGUUUUAUGGAAUUGCUGAUCAUAGCUCAUCGAUAACAAUAUUCAAUCAAAAUCAAAAUCAGAGAUCAAUUAGUUUAGAAUCGUUCAUUAUUUACAGUGACGAAGUUAAAGAUGCAAUUGCAAGAGGAUUACCACUGAUUGCUCUAGAGUCUACAAUCAUUUCACAUGGUAUGCCAUACCCCCAAAAUUAUAAAACAGCUUUGGAGGUAGAGGAUAUUGUUCGUAGUAAUGGUGCAAUACCGGCGACGAUUGCACUCAUCAAUGGAACUAUAAGAGUUGGUCUCGACAAAGAAUCGCUUCACCAUUUGUCGUCGGUUGGCAAAGCAGCGAUAAAGACAUCGAGACGUGAUCUCGCGCUGGUGUUGGCUCAACCCGAUAGAACAGGUUCCACCACUGUCUCGGCAACCAUUUUCAUUGCGAAUCUCGUCGGUAUCAAGCUGUUUGUUACCGGUGGUCUGGGUGGAGUGCAUCGCGGUGCCGAAGAGUCGUUCGACAUCUCUGCCGAUCUGACAGAGCUCGGUAAGAACGAGAUAACGGUGGUGUCGGCCGGUGUCAAAUCGAUACUGGACAUCGGUAAGACUCUCGAGUAUCUCGAGACUCAGGGUGUCACCGUGAUUACGUUGGGUUCCGACUACUUCCCAUCGUUCUUCACACCAAAGAGUGAGUUUAAAACACCGAAUCGUCUCGAUAGCUAUCUCGAGUGUGCAAAGGUAAUCGAUGCCAAUCAUCGACUUCAACUCAACAGUGGUAUCGUCAUUACCGUACCCAACAUAUUCCCAUCGACCGUCGAUUUCGACCAAUCGAUUUCACAAGCUGUAAAAGAAGCGGAAACACUUAAAGUGGCUGGCAAAGAGAUAACACCUUUCCUAUUGAAAAGAGUAAAUGAAUUAACUGGUGGAAAAUCAUUAGAAUCAAAUAUUCAUUUAAUAAAGGAGAAUGCAAAAGUUGGAGCAUUGAUUGCUGUUGAACUAUCAAAAUUAAAGAAUAGUAAUAAUAAUCAACAAACAACAACUAGUCAAAAUAAAGAAGUAACAGCAACAACAACUACUACUACAACAAGAAAACAAUCAGUGAUAUCAGUUGUUGGAGGUGCUGUUAUUGAUUUAAUUUCACAUCCAAAUAAUGCUCUACAGAUGAAGACAUCGAAUCCAGGUGUAAUGAAUAUAAAAGUUGGUGGUGUUGGUAAGAACGUUGCAGAGAUUAUCAGUCGAUUGCAAUUGGAGACUUUGUUUAUCAGUAUGGUCGGUGAUGAUGUACAAUCCAAUAUCAUAUACGAUCAUUUCCGUUCGGUCAAUAUCUCAACCGAUGGAGUAAAGCGAGUCAGUGGAUCAUCAACAGCUACCUACAAUGCAAUUAUGAACGAAGUCGGUGAUUUGGAAGUCGCCAUUUCAAUUAUGGAUAUCUUCAAAAAGAUAACACCCGAUUACAUUGCCCAAUUUAAAGAGGAAAUCAGAAAAAGUAAGAUGAUUGUUUUCGAUGCCAACAUUCCACUGGAGACAAUGGUUUCACUGGCAGCCCUGGCAAAGGAAAGCGCAAUUCCAAUGUUUUUCGAACCAACUUCCGUACCGAAAUCGUCGAUUCCAAUGCUGUCAAGCGAGAAAGCAGGCGUCGAUAUUAUUCCAAUGAUUACCUAUAGUUCGCCAAAUGUAGAUGAACUGUUGGAGAUGUCAAAGAAAGUUUGUUUGAGAGUGAGCAACUCAAAGAAGGUAGAACAACUCUGUAGAGAGGUGGAUAAGAGUAACCAUAAAGACAAGUCAGUACAAUCGAUCGAGUUACACUCAAAUAUUCUUUUGGAGGCAGGAAUGCAAACACUCUUUGUUAAAUUCGGUAAGAGUGGUGUUUUUGUGAUGUCACUCAACAAAGAAACGAACGACAAUGCACUCGUUAGCCAACAUUUCGAUGCACCCAAUAUCAAAGAUGAAGAGCUCGUCGAUGUAACAGGUGCCGGUGACUCAAUGGUGGGAUGCAUCAUUUGGUCGAUCAUCAACAAUCAAACACUUCAGCAAUCAAUGGCAAUCGGAACUAAAUGUGCUGCUGCCAGUCUAAUUUCAACCGAUCCAGUAUCACCAUUGGUCAAUUUAAAUUAUAUACUUUCAAAAUAA